AUAUUUGUUAUUUUAGGAACUGGUGGAGAACUUACAAUAGCUUUAAAAGGUUUCAAUUUCUUUCUAAUAGGGGAAGGAUUGGUAGAUAAGACGUAAGAAAUGGCCAGAAUGGACGCCAAAAUCGAACUUUCAUCAGCCGAAAGAAACUUUAUAAUUUUUGGAUUUGCAAUCAUGGAAGAGGUGCCCAAGAUAUUGCAGAUUCUGUUAAGUAUUAAAAUCAAAGCCUCAGAUCUGAAACAAGUGAUUCAAAGAACACCGAUGCUGAUAAGACCUAGAGGAGACCAAUUGCGUCUUCUGGCGUCCAAGGAAGAAGAUCCAGACUACAAAACUUUUGAUAUUAGUUUGUUAUACCUUUUGCUGAGAAACCUCUGUCCUGACUAUAAACCAACGGCAGGUUGGGGAAAGAUGCCCCGUCUGGAAGAUAACUCAAUAGGAGAUGACAUUGAAAGGUUAAGAGUUUUACGAAAUGAUGCUUUUGCACAUGUAGCGAGUACAAAAAUGACAGAUGCCACAUUUCUGAAACAAUGGGGUAACUUAAAUCAAAUUUGCGAACGUAUGGAAGACAAUAUUAACAGAUUAGGUCAUGAUUUACAAUACACUAAUGAACUACAAAAAAUUUACAAAAAGAAAGUGUCCAGAGAAGAAUCCCCCAGUUUUCUUUCCAAAUUAACAAAGUUGCAUAUAUUUGGAAGAUCGUCUAUAACUCAAGGUGAGGAUACUGCAAUUUCAAUCUUUUACGAUUGUGAUGAUCAAACAUUGGAUAAUAUUGGUUCCUUAUUUUGGAAAAGAGAGAGGAAUGGAGUUUUGCAUUCAAUUGAUUUAUCAAACUAUAAAUACGAAGGCAGCCAGAGGAACAAGCUCGUUAUUCGAAAGACUUCCAAAGAAGAUGAGGGAAUAUACCAAGUAGAAGUCAAAAUGAAAAAUGAAAACAUAAGCUUCCAAUCAAAUGAAAUCCAACUGACAAUAACUGCAGGAAAAAUCCAGCCAAACUGGGCAAAGAGUUUUUUCCUCGGACAGGGUGGAUUUGGGAAAGUUUAUGUUUGUGAAGAUGGGAUUACCGCUGUGAAAAUUACGAAGAUUGAAGGAAACCCAGCUGAAAAAAAUAAGCUAAUUUCUAAUAUGCAAAACGAGAUAGAUGUGCUCAAAAAACUGGAACACCGAAGAAUUGUGAAAUAUUUGGCUUGUCAACAUGAUUGUGAGGAAAUAAGUAUAUUUAUGGAAUAUUUACAACAGGGAUCACUGAAACGAGAAAUUGAUGAUAACAAACUACUUCAGGAAUCUACAGCACGGGAUUAUACAAAACAAAUCUUGGAAGGGCUGGAAUUUCUUCAUGAACAGAAAAUAACACAUCGAGAUAUUAAAGCUUCAAACAUUCUCCGCGGAGAAGACGGUCUGAAAUUAGCAGAUUUUGGUGUGUCAAAAAUCAUGGAAGAUAUUUCAAGUGGCAAGCUGCUUUCACAAGUGGGAACCCCUAAAUGGCAAUCACCAGAAAUCAUAAAGAAUAAGGGACAUGGAAGGAGAACAGAUAUCUGGAGCUUGGGAUGUACGAUAGUAGAAAUGCUAACAGGAAACCCACCAUGGGAUGAAUACAACACCUUUCAAGCUAUAUUGAAAAUUGGAUCAGGGGAAGAACCCGAGUACAUUCUUCCUGAGGGAAUUACUGAAUCGUGCAAAAAAGUUUUAAGCUUGUGUUUUAAACAGAAUCCGAACGAUAGGCCAUACGCUUGGGACUUGUUAAAAAAUGAGUGGCUCACUUUGUCGUAAUCGAUUGAUUGUGUGAAGCACCAAAAAUUACCCUGUC